AUGUCCGCGGAACUCAAACGUCCAACUGAUGUGGAGGUCGCUGCCGACGCAGGUCAAAUCCUCCAGAAGGCCCAGAUCCCCAACAUUCUCAUGGGCUGGACGGUGAUGCGCCUCUACACGGGGCCCUGCAAUUUUCGGCUAGGGGACAUUACAUUCGUGAUCCCCGACGCCCUGCUCGACGCAGCAAGAGACGCCCUGUCCGACGCAGCAAGAGGCGUUCAUACCGAGGAUGAAAAAUACUGGACACCCUGCUUAACUACCCGAAAGACUCCGCAAAAGCCGUGGCUGCCGCAAACCCAAAAGUACAUGCCCGGGUCCGGUGACAAGCUCUCACGCCACCCCAAUCCCGCCCACCACUUCCACAUCAACUACUACAUAGCCGUGUAUCUGGUCCCGCAGUCCGAGAACCUCUGGUGGCUCCCAGAGACAAGCAUGCAGCCGGGGCUCCCCGACCCAAACCUCAACCCGUACGUCACGCUUUCCACCGACAGCAGCCUGCCCUUCCCCGACCACUGGCGCGACCUGUUUCCCCUGCGCGUGCUAAAGACGGGCACCUUUAUCGAGGCCAUCCUCCACCUCUGGAUGCGUGAUAACCGCCGCCAACACGAGACCGACCUCUGGAUGUUCUGGGACGGACUGGCCGGGUCGCUCCAGCACGGCCCUGCCUCGCAGGUGCACCUGCGCGAUGGAUUCCAGCGGGCCUGGGACUUUUGCCGUGGCGAAUUCGACCACUUGUACCAGAAAGCUAUAAAGCGCGGUAUUGAUGUGGAUUGUCAUUUCCACCUCAUCGGUCUGAUCCAGCUCCGCGAGCAGCUGCGGAAGGAUGGUAGGUUCCCACUGGAGCUGAAGGAGGUUGGGUUGCCUGACACUCGGUGGCUUGAUGGGUUGUAG